CGUUUCGUGUGUUUCGCUUUACUUAUCUUGUUUAUUUACGUUUGUUAUUUAACAAAACUUAUUUCGCCGAUUAUUUUACUAAACUCAACUAACUAACAUCUUACCAGUGUUGUGAAUACAUGUGAUAUUAUUUUGUGUUUGCAAAAGUUAAACUUGCAGUGUUUGUUCUGUAGUUUCGGUUGUUUUGUGUUUAUUUUGAACGUUUGGGUGUGUGAUUCCAACUGGGUAGUUUAACUUCGAGAAUCAAAAUGCUGACCAUGACGCUACGCGCUCCGAUUGGCUGUGGCGCGCCGUAGCAUCCACUCCCGGUCCGUGAUUGGUGGAAAAUGUCGGGCCUGCAAGCGCGCGGCGAAGACGUCAUCAAUGGGGUCGAUGUCAGGGAGCAGGGCAGCGCUUUGAGAGUGGCUACGAACACUCCUCACCUCGUGAGCCUGGGUACGGGCAGACUGAGCACCGCGGUUACACUCCAUCCUAUCAAACAGGGACGAGUUACCAUCGGCUCAGACCCAACCUGCGACAUCUACGUUGUGGGCACCGGGGUCGCCAGCGUACACUGUCGCGUUGAAAACUCCCACGGUGUGGUCACCCUGUAUCCCACCAGUGGAAGUACGUUGCUCGACGGUCUGCCGGUCGACAAGCCCACGAGACUGUCGCAAGGAAGCAUGCUAACAAUAGGACGUUCCAACUACCUCCGCUUCAACCAUCCCGAAGAAGCCAAACUCAUGAAGUCAGUCCUCCCUUCGACCCGCGUAUCCAUGGCUCCCGUACAAUACCAGCCUAAUGAACACUGCGCGCAAGGUUACCAAGACCAGAACCAAUGUUACCAGAACGCAAACAUCCAAAAAAUCUUCAAAGACACCAACCUCUCGCAACUAGACCAUGAAUUAGACAUGACUCUCAACGAAAUAGCCAAGAAAAAACCUCCCGUAGCCCCAAGAAAAUACGCAGAAGACGAUCAACCAAAAAUGUCUAGUAUUAUGGCUAAAGUAUCCAAAUUUGAGUAUUACGCGAAGCAACAGAAAAUAGGCAGGAGUCAGUUUUACACGUCGAACGAAAUAGAAAUCUCACCCAAAGUAUUUAGCUCUAAUUCUUUGACAGUAAAUACCCCAGCUAAAGAUGUGUUAGGUGGAAGAAAUGUACCUAAUUAUAUGAAGAAUACUGAUCAGAAGAUUAUAGUACUUAAUGAGAAUAAUACGGAAAAACGGUCAUAUGCUAAUGUAGCUUUAAGGAAUAAGAAUAAGAUAGAGGAUAUUGUGAGGAAUUUCGACGAGAAUUCGCGCAACGAUUUUAAGCUUAAAAAGGUUAACAACGACCAGAAAGACAACAUCUACGGCAAAAUCAACAACACAAAAGACGAAAAAAGUAACUUAUCAAAUAAAGAAGACAAGAAACCUUGUCUACCUUCACCGGCCUUCGACAGGAACCCACAGUAUUCCCCAGUAUACGCGAACAGCUAUGACAGGAGCUAUGAGUCUGAGAACAGGAGAAUCAGGGCAUACCAGGAUAGGAUAAAAGAAGAGGAGCAGAAAGAGGCAGAAACAGCGCGUUUGGAAGAAAUUCUCAACAUGUGCGCAGAGUAUGAGAGGCAGAUCGCGUCAGGUAUACCCAUAACGCCUACAGAAAAGCGGCCCCACAACAAAAUCAUCACAAAUGGAUCGCUGCCGAGAAGCGUCGCUCUGAACAACCCUAACUUCGUACAGACCAGCGAGGGUUAUUACAAAUUCGAAACUAGUCACAACAAGAACAUGUCCCAAUCUCUACCUGCCCAAAGAAACGUAUCCAGCUACGAAAACAUAGAGCCGUUAACACCUGAAGUGACCAUAGAGCAUCGAGGCCGUAUGGACGAGAUCGGUAUACCUGUAUUUGAAGACGAACUAUCCAGUCCUGUGCUUAUUAGGAAGCUGGAUAAGGUCAAUUCGCCUAUAGGUAGCCCAUACGAAAACGUCUACUACAACCGAGGAAACCUCAAGCCAAAAUCGCCAAAUUCUCAAAGCCCUAGAACGAGAAUAAAGACCACUUUCGCUCACAAAAAUCCCAUCCCAUCGCCUCAAUACUUCAUCUUCCCUACCCCAACGCCUGUCGAUAACUCGAAAAAACCUAGUUUUAAUAUCCCUAUUAAUACUCAUAAUGAAGAUAAUGAAAACACAGAAAGUAAAGUAAAUGAGAAAUUUGCUGGCAUCGAAAAACAACUAAGUUUAGAAGAAGAUAUACCUAUGAUAGACGAUGCAGAUGUAACUAACGAUAUCGAACAACGGCAUUCAACUAUAGUUACAGAAAAAGACGAUGUACAAAGACAAAACUCAAACAAUUCUGAGUCUGACGAAGUAUUCGUAAAUGAAAACACUUUAACAAAGAAUCAAAGUUUCGACGACGUUAAAAAAGAACUAAUGGCAGAUAUACCAGAAUUAGAAGAGUUUGAGAAAGAUCUAGAACAGAAUAAGAGGGAGAAGAUGAUUAGACAAAUACAGGACGGUUUGAAACAGAUUGACGUUGAAGCUGAUUCUAUUGACAGUAAUUUGGACGUGAAUAUGUUGGACUUGAAAAGUAAAUGUGACAGUUUUAAAGAAGAGAGAAAGAAGCUGGUGGCUAAGAUACAUGAACUGAAAUGUAAGAUGUCCGAGAUAAGGUCACAGGAAGAUGAUAUUUUGAGAGAGCUCGAAAUGGAGAAAGCCCUAAUAAAAGGUGAAUACGACUCAGAAAUCGCCAUAUUGAACAUAGAACAGAAGAAGAAGAUGGAACUAGCCGAAAAUGCGAAAAAGAUAGAGGAGGAAAUAAAACAAUUGAAGGAGAAGCAGGAAGCGAGACAGAAAGAGUUGAAAGAGAGAGUCGAUAUAGCUACUAUGAAGGUUGAGUGGAUAAAGAAGGAUCUGGACAACGGAGCGACGGUUGAAGAGCUUCAGAACGCGCAGGAUAUUCUAGAUAACGAGACCAAGAUAUUCGAAGACCUGGAGUUCCAGCAUUUGGAGGAGGAGUCGGAAUUACUCGCGAACCGAGAAGACUUACAAAACGAAAUAAUUCAACUAACAAAGAAAAUAGAAGCGCAGAAAACAAGAAUACUAACACUCAAAUCCGAAGCCAAUAGCAACCUGACUUCAGCUUUAGACGAAACUAAAAUAUUACAAGCAGAGUAUGUAAGAUUACUUAACGAAGUUGAAGAGCUAACUGGUAAGGUACAAACUGUAGAAAAGGAGUUAAAACCUGUUGUAGCUAAAUUAAAUGAACUAGAAAGAACACAAUCACCAGAUAGCGCUUUCUAUACAGAUCAAACAAGAGCUAAAUCUGGAGAAUUUGGUUAUUCUCCACAAAGCAGUGACAGCGACGAUCUAGAUGUGAAAGUCACACAAUUCGAAGAACACACUAACCAAUUAAAAGACAAAUUUAACUCUAUCGAUCAAAUGUCACAAUCAAUGAUUGUAGAUAUCGAACGACGAGUUUGCGAUGUAGAUGACGAUAGCGAAAGUCCGUCUAAGUCUUCAACUUCUAAAGAGAAGAAAGGAUUUUGGGAACGGAAUUUCGAUUCAUUGAAAAGAAAGAGUAAAGACAAAAAGAAAGAAAAGGUCGACAUUAUGUCGCAGAGUUUGAAUGAGAACAUGUUUUACAAUAAUGAUACUAUUGAAAAUGAUGUUUCUUUAGAUAGGUUUAAUAGCUUGAGACAUUCCAAAGGCAAAAACAAAAACGGCCCUGUCAAAAGUGCGUCGUCAUCGAAAAUACCGACGUUUGCGGCUUUGGGUAAAAUUAUUAAAAAAGACUCGUUCGGAAAGAAAACUAAAGACGUAAAAGUCGAAAUAAAGGACGAAGAACCGAAAAAUAGAUACGUCAAAAACGCGAAACCUAGUUUUGAUAACAAAUACAUUAAAGCGAAAUCAUUAUCGCCUGAUAAAUUAAUGAAAGAAGAUUAUAUAAAAGAGGAAGACGAAGAUCAGAAACCAUUUGAAGAUAGAAAUAAUAAAGUUUUACAAAGAAAAAGUUGUGGAGAUGAGCCUAAUGUUAGAGAGUUUAGUAGAAUAUCGGAUUCAGGGAAGAUCCCAUCGCAAGAUGAUAUAGAUAGGAUAUCGAAGGUGACGAUGGAUGCUCCUAUAUUGUCUAGUGAUACGGAUAUGAAUUCUUUGGGGAAGAGAACUUUAGAUAGUUUGAUGGAGAUUGAGAGGAAGAGGAUGGAGAUGUUGGAGGAACAAGGCUGCCAAGUAAUAGAAAACGAACGAGAGAAGAUAUCGGAACUGAAACGGCGAGUGCAAGACGAGACGAAGAAGCUAUGGGACCAGCGCACGCGCAAUGAGCAGUCCAAGUCUUUUGAAAGCGACUGUCAAAGCAUCGAGGUCGACAGGACGUACGGUGACAUGGCGGAUGACAGUCUUAACAUGACCAACGUCUAUGAUGAGAGUUCUGGAUUUAUGUCAUCGUCUAUUGAAGAGCUUCAAGUAAGAAACUCUCGCACUGAGUCUACAGAAGACGAAAAGCGCAGCGAUGACAGUCGACCGCUCAGCCUCGCCUCCGACUUUAGCCGAGACAACAUUUUGCCACUCCAAAGCGGUCCACGGCGAAAUCGGCGCUGCGUGGCGCCGUACAGCGCUUCACAGCGCCCUCUCACCCGCUACCUGCCUGUUGAUCGCGAGGACUUCGACCUUAGACGUCAUGUUGAAUCCGCGGGUCACCAGAUCGAGCUGUGCCCCCACGUGACAGUGAGUGCGAGCGCUUGUCGCGGCUAUCUACAUAAACUUGGUGCAAAGUUCCACACGUGGUCAAAGAGGUGGUUUGUCUUCGAUCGGGAAUCGAAGACUUUCGUAUACUACUGGGAUAAAAGCGAGAGAAAACCGCGGGGCGGCGCUUACUUCCAGGUGAUCGAAGAAGUAUACCUCGACCACGGUAACACGUCAAAAUCUCCAAACCCUCAGACCACAUUCAUAGUGAAGACCCGACAACGACGCUACUACCUCAUGGCGCCAUCUGGCGAAGCGGCGCGCAUAUGGAUCGAUGUAGUCUUCACCGGCGCACAGGGAUACACGGACUAUCUCGACUGACCACUUAUUUAGGCUUUAUGACUUUUAGACAAAAAAUGUUUAGGGCAUUUUUUGUCUGAACAUUGCGGCCUUUUAGCAUGAAUUGUAUCGACAUUUUCGUCUAGCAAACAAAUAUGUUUAGGAAUUUUUGGCCUAAACAUGACGGAUUUAUAGCCUGAAUUAUGUGGACAUUUUCGUCUGAUUAGCAAAGUUUUUGUCGAAAAGGUUUGGUCCGAACAUUACGGCCUGAAUAUCACUUGUUUAGCCUCAAUUAUGUGGGCAUUUUCUUCUUGUUGGCAGUCUGAACAUUACGGUCAUUUUAGCCUGAAUUGUGUAACGGACAUUUUCGUCAGAGUAACAGUUUUUGUCGAACUGGUUGCUCUUUUAGUCUCAACAGUAUGGAUAUUUUAGCCCGAAUUUUGAAAAAGUAAUUUUCGUCUGGUUAGUAAAGCCUUUUGGGGGUUUUUCAUUACAGACAUUUGGAUCUAAACAUAAAGUUAGCAAAAUGUUUGAAGAUUUCAUCCUUACGGACAUUUUAGGUUGAGGACAUUUUGGUCGGAACAGACGGAUUACAUUAUUUAGGUACGGUUUGCACACAUAUUCGUGUUACAAUAACAAUUGCCCAUACUAUUAACACUUCUAAAGAAUCACUAGGUUUGUUAGAAUCCUGUGUUAUUUUAAAAGAAAAGGUUUAGAAACUAGAUAUGGUUUCAAUUUGUAAAUGUAUUUGGGUUUUGUUAGUUUUAACAAAACUAAGCGAAAGCUCUGAGUACUAAAACAAUUUAUAUACUGUAAUAUAUAUGUUAAUUAACAAAUAGGUAAAGUGUAAUUUCACACCAAAAUCAAGCCUAAUAUAGUAUUUAACUAUGAUUGCUUUGAUUUUAAGUACCUAUGUAUGAAAAUACCCAAAAAUUUGGAUCGGUACAUAUAUACCUAUAUUAUUUCAAUUUCGCAAUUGUGUGUUUUUAUACGUAUCGAAUAUUUUUAAUUCGCGAAUAGAAAAAUCACAGUAUUUUUAGUAUAAAAAAUAUACAUAAUUUGAUAUGAAUUAAAAUUAUCACAAUAGUAUUGUACCUUCGACAAUAAAAAACCCUGUGCCAAGCUUUGUAUGAUAAAAAUAUACUAAUAAUUUACAUGGCAGCUUUAUAUCAAGGUAGUUACGGACGAGACUCUGAACCGUUUGACCGCCAAAGACGCGCGUCUACAACCCAAUAUCAACCUUCGUGCAUUGCGAUAAGAUUCAUAAUGACGCGCACGAUAGGCGUAGCGUUUAAAGGAUAAUUUAAAGUACCGUCACACAUAUAAAUGUAACAUAAGAUAACUAUAAAUACUUUACACUAAGUAUUUCAUAGUUUAAAUUCUGAAAACAUCUAAUAUUGUAACUUACAUCUAAUAUUAUAACUUUUACCCUUUGACCGCUAAAGACGGCUACAGACGCGCACCGUUACAGUUUAAUAUUAACUUUUGUGCAUUCUUAUAACGUUUUUGGUGGUCGAAUUUAAACUGUUGUGAGACAUACUAACAUUAAAUAAUUUCACGGUAACUAUUAGUGCUUGAGAAAGGAGACCUAGGCGAAACAUGUCGCGCGAGUGACUAAAACAAGUGUCUAAACCGUAAAAUUAUUUAACGUUUUUGGUGGUGUGUUAUACAGGGUGGCUAAAAAAUAAGUGCAUUCCCGUUGCCAGGGAGGUUUUGGGAUUAUACUGAGCAACUUUUACUAUGGGACCAACCACGAAAUCGCGAAAAAAUUUAUCCUCCCAUAGAAAAUGGACCAGCCAAAAUAAAACAGCCAAAUUUGUGCUACAUUUUCUCUUGUGUGACGUUACAUUUAUGAGUCUCGUUCUUUAAUCUAGUGCCUUGCAAGAGACUGAACAACAAAUCUGUGUUAAUGUACAAUUGUAUUAAAAUGUACCUUAAUUAUACAGUCAAUUUGUAAAUGCCAAUUUUGUAAGUGCUCAGAUUAUUUUAGUAUAAGGUGUGUUGAGGAUUUUCAAAUGUACUUUUAAGUGUUUGAAAUUAAACCUAAUGCAUUAAUGCUUAAGAUCUAAUUUAGAAGUACACUAGAAGAAUACCAUUGGUUUGUCAUGAUUUUCAGUAAAAAGAAUAAAAUAAUGUCGACUAUAUCAGUAGCCUUACCACGAGUUUGACACUGACAUAUUCGCUAGCGUGUGCGUAACUUACUUUUUAUGCAUCUCGCUCUUACUGGCAUAUUAGUGCGAGAGAGAUGAAUAUUAAAGUAAGUUACGCAGACGUUAGCGAAUAUGUCAGUGUCUAACUCGUGGUAAGGCUACUGAUUUUUAUAAGAAGUCAUAUGACACUCGUGCAAUGUGAAAUACACCUAAAUGCAUUACAAUAAAGUUCAUAUUCGCGGUCGAAGAAGUAUCUUAUUUUUUAUAAGCACGCUUAUACCUUAUUAUACCUAAUGUUAAUGAAUAAUAAUGUUACCAUUAUUAGCUAUACUUAUAUAUUAUGUAAGUGGCAACUUUACAUUGCCAAAACGCAUGUUUGUAUUAACUUUGUAACAUUGUCGAAAACAGUAAAUUGUAAUGAUACCCUUUCAACGAUAUUUGCCAUAUACAAAAAUGUCACUCACACGCCAACACCUUCGAUUCAGGUGAGAUGUCUUCAGGUAACUAGUAGCUUAAAACUAGCUAGCAUACUAGCAACGUUCGCUGUGCUCGGUCAUUUAUAAGAUGUAAUCUAAAAACAUUAUUUUGAUAAUAUGUGCCAUUUUCAACCAAAAGGGUACUUAUUGUCGCUUGUCAGUAAGGCGCUAUUUCCAUAUAGCUUCAAUUAGAAAUCAACCUUAUCGACAAGCGACAAUGUAGUACCUUUUGCUUGAAACCGUCACAUAUAUGCAAGAGUAGGUAUAGUACUUUUUGGUGUAGGAAGACAUUAAACGUUUUUGGCGUUGAAAGGGUUGUAUUAAUACACAAGCAUUAUUGAAUACAACCCAUCUUGAGAGCAAAUGUGUGAAAAAUCGAUAGUGUAUACAUAUAAUGGAAUGUGUUGUAAUAUUUGUGUGAUUCGAUUGUACAAUGAAAUGGCUGAAACCAAUUAUUUUAGGUCAUAAGGUCACAUUAUUAUUAACCAAGCAAGUAAAUAAAGCAUUUACAUAA